AGGCACGUAGCGUCCGAUUCAGUCUGCAUCCGACCGCCGCGAGUGUCGCGUCGUGAAGCUGUGGUCGAACUUCGGGGGGGACACGAGACUCCAAUACGAGUCAGAGUCUAUACGAGUGCUCAUAGUACAACAUCGCGAUCCCGUAUCCUAUAUCUAAAUCGUAUACCUAUCGGUUAUACGUCGUAUUCGCUUCUCAACCCUUGAGUCGUGAGUCGUAAUACGAGAGAGAAAAGAACUGGUGAAAAAUCGUAGUCGCGUGUAUUGGUGUUAUAUAGAGAGGGAGAGAAAGAGAGAGCGGGUCACUGAACGACCGUACGAAGGUAGAAAGAGGGAGAACGAGAAAAUAAAAGAGGGACGGAGAGGGAUUUUCGUCGCGACGUAUACAUACGUAUAUACACGUGCGAAACCGAGGAGAGACGUGAAAUACGCGCGUGCGCACCCGCGUAUCACACAUAUACACAUAUAUACGAAAAAGAGGGAGAGAGAGAAAUAACGACGACACGGCGCAGGAAGAGGUAAGAGAACCAGUGACACCGGGAGGGUCGGGUGUUCCUCGUGCAAAACCGCCACCGGAAUAUAUGUCGUGAGUGUGCGGCCGAAGAUCCGCGGAUAGAGGCCGGCCGAUAGUGCGUUCCGGGGUUUAAGAAGGGAAAAAAAGGCGAAGACUCUCUCGGUUGAAAAGCAAUGCGGGUUCAUUGACUGCGUGCCGCGCAAUGGCCGCAUGUUCGUGGCCGAUGCACAGUGCAUGUGUGACAGGAGCUACGAGGAGGACGACGCCGAGGACGACGAGGCCGAAGAUACCGGCUACGACCAAUAUCAAACUCGAGACCUACUGAAAGUUCUCCUUCUUCUCCUUCUUCGGGUCCCUACAUGAUCGAGAAACUCAUCUCGAUCACAGGCAGCGAUAACAGUGAGGAACACUGGAAUUUUUCGUGCUUUUUACACAAUCGGAGCCGAUCUCCGCAGAACUUUCCCACGGAACGCUGCACCUGCAAGGAUACUGCUAAUUUAUCAGGACUCGUCAACAAACGCAAAACUUCGCUACGUUUUCGCUCGAAAUUUCACGAACUUUCAUAGCUAAUCUCUUAAUCUCCGAUUUCGACGACUCUACCAAAGACACAGAGAAUUCUGACGAGAACUUGAGCGAUCUCGUUUAAAUUAUCUUUGAGAAAAGAUCACAAAGAACACGCUGAUUCACUCGGAACCAGUGCACCGUGCACCAGCUUUAUAUCGAUCAGUUCGUUCGCUUCUAAAUUUUAUUCGGACUUAAUGCUCGCGACUAGGUGUUUGGACAGAAAAUCGGCACGGAGUCGCGGGAAUAGCUGGCGAAAAUGUUCGUUUGCUGACGAGAGACAGCAGCAGGGAACUGAUCGCGGUGGAAAAUCGUCGUUGGAGAUCGCGUUGAACGUGUCGAGGUGGCGGGACUUAGGUGAGGAUAUUCCGUCGCGUUUGACGUCGUUGUCGUCGUCGUGGUGCGUUGUUCAGCCUGUGGUUCGGCAGUGAGAGAAAGAUAAGAGAGAGAGGCGGGCAGCUAUAACCGGCAACCACACGGUGGACAUGAUUAUUUCAAAGGAUCUGUUCCUCUUUGGCGACCAAGAUUACCUGCGCCUUCCCAGCAACGAGAAGCGCCAGCAACGGGCAAUGGGCCGACCGAUCAUCAAUGCUCCCAGAGUGGAAAGCUCAGCGUUGCAGUUGGUGUACCCGCUGGAUUCUCGUCCGGUGCAGCUAAUCUUCCGGGGGUUGCAGGUGGUCAAGGAGAAACGAGCCCUCCUCCGAGAUGUCUCGGGUGUUGUUAAACCCGGCGAACUUUUGGCCGUCAUGGGCCCCUCAGGUUGCGGCAAAACGACGUUAUUGAACUGCCUGUCAGGCCGUGUAGGCGUGGACGGGGGUGAAAUCUGGCUGAAUCGUGAAAGGCUGACGAAAAGAUGGCGCAGAAGAAUCUGUUACGUGCAGCAGCAGGACGUUUUCUUUCCCGAUCUCACAUUACGACAGACUCUCGAGUACCAGGCGAGGCUCAGGCUUCCGGACACGUUCUCGCACUCCCAGAAGAUGCAGUGCGUGGAUCAUAUCAUCGAGGUCCUCGACCUCGCCGCCUGCCAAGACACCAUUAUCGGGGAUUAUACGAAACGAGGACUGUCCGGCGGCGAGAAGAAGAGGACGAGCAUAGCCUGCGAACUUCUCACCAAUCCCUCGCUCAUGUUGCUCGACGAACCAACGAGCGGACUGGACUCGCAUUCGGCACAAGGACUGAUUUCACGAUUGAAGAAAUACGCUGAACAAGAAGGCAAGAGCAUCGUGGUAACAGUGCAUCAGCCCAGUUCCAGGAUGUUCCACAGUUUCAGCAAGAUCCUGCUGUUGAGUCGUGGCCAGGUGGCAUAUUAUGGCCCUACAACGAACAUUGGCAGGUUUUUCUCCACGAUUGGACUCACGCUACUGCCACACUAUAACCCUGCUGAUUUUAUAUUGGAGCAAAUAAAGGGGCCAGAAGAGGUUCGCGAACGCAUCGUGGCCGCGGCGAGGAACACGAGACAGGGACCUGACUGCCCGCCGGAACUUCGUCCGGAGUACAAUCCAAGCCAGCAUCCGCUUUGCGACCAUCUGAUCCAUUAUCACGAACACCACAUCAGCCACAACGUGAAAGAAGACGAAGGUCGUACGCUGUGGUUGGACACACAAAGCCAUGCCAGCAGCAGUGCCAGUUCUGCGGACGACGACUAUGCCUGGCAGUGGCCCACCAGUUUCUGGUCGCAAUUUAAAGUAUUAUCAGAAAGAAACUUUCAAGAGGCACGGCCACGAAUGCUGUCUCGUCUGAAUUGGCUGCAAACGAUAGCUCUCGGCUUACUCGCUGGACUGUUGUGGCUAAGGCUUCCCAGAACAGAAGCGGCACUUCAUGAUAUCCAAGGUUGGAUGUUCUUCAGCACCACAUACUGGAUGCUCUUCGCGCACUUUGGUGCACUCUCCAGUUUUCCUCCAGAACGCGAGGUGAUCAACAAGGAGCGACUGUCAGGAUCGUAUCGGCUCUCGGCCUAUUACUUGGCGAAAAUGGUCGGCGAGCUGCCGCUUACGAUUACGUUGCCCGCGGUCUACCAUAUCAUUAGUUACCCGAUGUUGGGCUUCCACAGUCCGGCAGUUUUCGUCACCCUGCUGGCGUUCCUCUUACUCAACACCGUCGUCGCGCAGAGCGUGGGAUUCUUCGUUGGUGCAUGUUGUCUGGACCUCCAAGUUAGUAUAACUGCAUCCGCGCUUUACACGCUCGCCACACAAUUACUUGGCGGUUAUUUGGCGACGGCGGUUCCGCCAUGGCUAGCAUGGGCCAGAUACGCGAGCAUGGUGCACUAUGCCUAUCAAAACAUGCAGAUUCUGGAAUUCGGCGUCGGCGAGCCGAUCACAUGCUCGCAGCCGAGCAAGUUCCAAGAGUGCAGGAACUCGACGACGAUACCGGUGUCUGCGAUUCUAGAAAGCCAGGGCGGCGCCAGGGGUUCCGGUCUUCCACUAUGGGCGAACACGGCCGUCCUCCUGGCGUUCCUAGUGAUAUUCCGCACCCUGGGCUACCUGGUGUUGCGCUACUAUCGCGUGCCCAAGUGAAACGGCGUACAAUGAGAAGAACCGCCUUUCUACUGCCGCCUUAUCCACGAAAUGUUGGAUUAUGGCCGCGAUCGACGGACGUCGGGACGGCCUCGCUACGCUAACGGGAACGUCAUCAUCGUCGUCGUCGUCAACAUCGUCGUCGAGCUUCCCUUUGACCCUUCGUUUCGCCCACGGGCAGCGACAAAGUAGCUCGCGAAACCGAACGGAACAACCCGAACAGAAACCGCGCGCGAAAGUUUAUUUUUCCAGGAUGCCACUGGUCGUCUCGAGACGGCGCAGGGCUUGGAGGUGGUGGUGAAAAGAUAAUCCUCGAACUGGCACGGGUACGUUUUACACCCUCGUAAUCAUUUUCCUACAGAAUUAGGUUCGUCGAAUCGAACGAAUCAAGCGGUUCGAAAGAAGCUGAAUCGAAUAAAAGAAAUCGAAUCGAACUGCAUAGUAGGACGGUUGAGAUUGCAGCGGGGUGGACGCGAUCGGAAAGAGGAAUUUUUAGAUUUUUUCCUCUGGCAGAAACGUUGUGUCGUACGUCUGUUCCGUGUAUUAUAUUUUGAGGAGUAGAAUGAAUCUUCGAAGGGCAGAGAUUCGAGGGGAGAUAAUUAGUUGAAGAAACUUUCUGGAAAGCGGAAUAGCUUGCCAAUUUUUCUGGGAUUUUUCUCUUUUCAACGCCGCCUACCAAAUUAUCGAUACCGCUAUUUUAAUUACCGAGCGAUUAGCUACUAUUUUUAUUAAUUGUACACGCAUCUCGCAGAAUAGAAUACCUCAGACAGACAGGGAAAACCAGCGACCUAAGCGAAACGAGGGGUUAACAAAGAAAAGAAAAAAAAAAAAAAGAAACCAAGAUAAUAGGGGUUGAUAGAGAGCGGAGAAAUAUAGGGGGUUUCCGCUCGUUCCCGCUAGCGGCGGGCGAUGAGAUAGAACGCGCGAAAACGCGUGAUCAAGAGACUUGGCGAAGACUAUGCAUAAGAUUGUACACGUAGAGACUUUAUAUAUAUAUAUAUAUAUACAUAUAUAUAUAUAAUAGAUAGAUAGAUAUACAUACAUAUAUCACGCUAUCACGUGAAGUAAGAGGAAUACAAGAGAGGGUGGAUGAACACAAGAAAGAAUGUGGAGGGAACUCUUCUGUUUUAAUUUCUUGCGGAAAUAAGGGUAUAAUGAUAGAGGAAAGAAUGUCUGUAUUUGUGUGUUUACGUAUAAAAAACGCGAAAGUAUGUAAGAGUGAACGAGAACAAGCGUGAAUGAGAAAGUGUGAGAGCCAUUUCUUUUUACUUUUUCUUUUUUUUUUCUUUCUUUCUUUAAUAUCUCUUGAAAGAAUCGAUGCGACGUCGUGGCGUCGCGAUACCGACUGAAAGAAAGGAAUCACAAAACAGACACACACAUACACACAUGACAUUUGUACGACGAAGCAUAUUUCUUAAGCUCAUAGGAGAGGUAGAUGAGAAGAAAUAGGCAAAGCGGAAACUCGCGGAGAUAAUGAAACUUCACGCCACGUCGAGAAUCACCCUACACGAAGAAGAAAUAAACGCUUAGGUUUAAGAGACGUGAAAACGAAGAAAAAGGAGAAGAAGAAGAAAAAAAGAGGAAGAUAAGAAAACGGAGAGGAACUUUUUAAAUCGUUCUUAGCGACUAUCCACGUUUUACUUUCUACAUUUUUAUUACCGCUGAACAAUCUAUCGCUGCUAAGACGAUAUUCACCCCUAGCUGAUAAGAUGGACAAGCUGCUGCUAAUUCUAUGGAUUAUGAUAAAACUACAUCUCUACCACUUAGUACUUUUUAUUAUCGGACGCUGUAAGUUGCGUUAAGGGAUAUAUCGAGCGAAAAACGACCGUUCAUAUACAUAUAUACAUAUAUAUAUAUAUAUAUAUAGGCUGCCAAUUUUGAUCGAUUUGUAGAAAGAGGAAAGCGAUGAAACGAGAAUAGAGUGAGAGGGAGAGAGAGAGAAACACGUGUGCAAAGAGCGAGAAUGGAGAAAAAGAAUUUUGGAAAGAAUAGAAAUAGAGAAGGGAGAGCGGGGAGAGGUUUAUAGCAGUUAAUUGUUUGCACUUGUCGCGCAUUUUAAACAUCGGGUAACGACAUAUAUAAUAAUUCGAGGAAAGGCAAAGGAAAUACCCGACGUAUGAAAAUAUGUAUGAUUUAAUAAGAAGAAGGUUCGUAAAAUGAUUAGGCUGGCUAUGGGAGAUUCGGGACUCUAAGUCGAUCUUAGAACGUUUGUUGGUCUCUGACGUAAUCUAUGUGAUGUUUCUCGAGGAGCUCGACACGUUAUGGGGAUCUAAAUGAAACAUUUAACGCGCGGUAUAAUAAAUUCAUUAGGUCUACCUUGUGUAUAUAGAAACAUAUAUAUAUUUAGAAAAAUCCUAUAUAUAUUAUAAUAAUUAUUCUUAUCAUUAUUAUUAUUAAUAUUAUUUUUAUUAUAACAAUUUUAAUAAUUAAUAUUAUUUUUUAUUAUUAUUCUAAUUAUUAUUAUCAUUAUGUAUAUGUAAAAACCGCGGACUGAACGAGGAGGCACGCGACGUUUUUAUUUUCUCUUUCUUUUUUUAUUCAUUCUUGUACAUUCUUGCAUUGACAGAUCGAACGGGGGAAAAAAACGGAAAACGAUACGAUGAGUAAGAAUAUCAUAACACACACGGGCGAAUACUAAGCGAACCACAAGUAUGUUUCCAUUCAGAGACUUUUUUACCAAACGAUCCAGUUGCGUUACUUGCAAAAGUUCGAGCAUAUUCGAAUAGGAAAAAAAGAAUUUUAACUGCAUAGCACAUAGGGAGGAAAAACGCGAUCAGACGAGAUCAAAUAUCCUUUUCUUUUUCCUCCCCGGAAGAGUGAGAAACCGUACAGCUCACCGUACAAAACCUUCAAAUAAACUUAUGUAUACACACACACACAUACAUAUACAUGUAUGCACUAGACAUACAUAUACGUACAGAAAUCACGGAGAGCCAGUGUUUGUUAUUAGUAAGUAAUUAAAUAGAUUAGGUUGGCUGACGUGGAUCGGUCAGGAUCGAUCGAGAGGAACGCUGUGUGUCUUUUAGUCAGCCAAAACGAGUUACGUUUCGAUUCUGUGCGACGAACCGGACGACUCGCCGGAUAUUUAUACCGUGGACCGGUCCACGUAAUCGUCCGCAGCUUUCCCGCGAUGUUAAACAAAAUUAGGACGAAUUAGAACGAAUUUUGGGGAACCAUCGCGCGUCCACGAUCUCUAUUGCAUAUCCUCGUUCGGUCAGGCUACCGUUAAUCCCCUUUCGAUUCUCUUCAGAAGCCAAUUUUUCGAAAAUUAUAUAAAAAGAAUAUAUGAUACAAAAUUAUGCUAUAUGAAAAGCAAGGAGAAAGAAAAUACCCCUCGCGUAGGCAACCAAAACUCUAUGGUUAUCUAAUAAAUGUAUAAAGUUUGAAGCUUCGAUAUUUAAAAGUUUUACAUAAAUUUUAGAGAUAUUCAAAGGGAGGAGAUCUUUGUUAUAAUCGUCCCAGAGGAAUAUCUUCGUUAGGAAAUGAAAAUUGGUAAGAGAAAUAUAAAAAUGGAUAGCUGGUUGCCUACGUUAGGGUUAAAUGAGCCGCUUAUUUGCCAUUUUUAAAUCAGUUAACUGCACGAGACGAAAAACGAGGAAAAUUAAUACGUUCCAUAAGGGAGGGUCUCUACGAGUCCUACUUUCUGUGACGAAAAAAAUUCGCUUUACUUGUUCCUAGGAAAAAAGACGAACACGCAUUAAGUCGUUUAAAAAUAAAAA